AUGGCGUGUCCCCUGGAGCAGGCGAUGGCUGUGAUGGUCACCACCUUCCACAAGUACUCGGGGAAGGAAGGGGACAAAUACAAACUGAGCAAGGCUGAGCUGAAGGAGCUGCUGAACAAGGAGCUGCCAGUCUUCGGGAGCAAACAAAUGGAUGAGGCAGAGUUCAGGAGGCUCAUGAACGACCUGGACCACAACAAGGACAGUGAGGUGGACUUCAAGGAGUAUGUCUGCUUCCUGGCCUGCAUCACCAUGGGCUUCAACGAGUUCUUCAAGGAUGCCCCUCCCAAGCAGCCCCGCAAGAAGUGA